AUGUUCUCCUCGACCAAAGCUCCCAUCGCUUCUUCAAUCCUCUUCGAGCCAGGAUACCCUCACAGAUCUCAACCGCUAUACCCCCUGAAUCUUCUCCCUCACCCUCCAGCCCAGCCGCCUCCACCAGUCGCUUACCCUGACCCCGUUCAACGCCAUGGUCACCACUACCAUCAUAACUCGCGUCCUCAUCUUUCUCGGUCUGACUCGGAUCGAAUACCUCGGUCAAACUCGUCUUCGCGGGAACUCAAGCACGUGAACCUGCCGCGCGAGUGUCUGCCGCGUUUCACAGCGAUUGCAAAAGUCAACACGAUGAUAAAUCGAGAGACCUGUGGACUCUUGCUCGGGAAGGACAAGGGUCACAAGUUUGUCGUUACGACACUGUUGAUACCGAAGCAGCAUUCGACGAGUGACACAUGUACAAUGGACCAAGAGGAGCUGGUGCUACGGUUUACUGAGGAGAGGAACCUGAUUACUCUGGGAUGGAUCCACACGCACCCCACGCAAACCUGCUUUAUGUCUUCUGUCGACUUACAUACCCACUCUGGGUUUCAACGAAUGCUUCCCGAAUCAUUUGCUGUCGUCUGCGCACCAAGGCAGAACCCCAACUUUGGUAUCUUUCGGCUUACGGAUCCCCCGGGUCUGCAGACGAUUUUGAACUGCACUGCUACAGAAGCAUUCCAUCCUCAUCCGGAUCAACCUAUAUAUACCGACGCCGACAAAGGACAUGUUCAGAUGAAAGAGGGUAUGUCGCUGGAGAUUGUGGAUUUGCGAUGA